AUGGGCAAUACCAUAUUGGAAUUUACACUGUAUGCCCAAUUGAAUACGGCGAGGAGAUUACUUCGAUUACUUCAGUUCUCUGGAAUGCUUUUGUUCUUCGAUUAUACUCUUGGUCUUCGAGAUAAUGUUGUACAGAUAGGCGUCUUUGAGGUUGUGGCCAAGGCUUUGGAUAUGAAGCCGAGGGAUGACCUUGAGCAUUUGAAGAAGAUUAGGCCUUGUUGCCUGGCUCUCACUCAAGGUUCCAAAACCCUGGUCGGCUUCUGUGAUUCUUUGCAUCUUCCUCCAUUCAAAACACGGCUUGUAGUUGAAAUCAUGUUUUUGUGGAUUUUAGUUCGUUUGGAUUCAGUGCUUGCCUCCCCCGAAGAUGCCUCAGAAUUUACAGGCUAUAUAGAAACUAAAAUCAAGCCGAAGAUCGAUUAUACAGAAGCUAAAAUCGUGCCGGAGAUUGAAGCCCCUGAUACACAGACGCUAGGCAGCCUCUAUCCAGAUGAGGAAUUUUCAGAAAAGGAUGAUGCUGUUGCUUGGGUGAAAGGCAUGGGUAUGGCAAAUGGUAUGAUAAUAAAUGUAGUUUCUAGCAAGAGGAAGAAUGGUGUUCUGAUGAGAUGCUGUAAAGGGGGAAAGGUGUCAGUUGAUGGUGAAUACUAUGUCACAUCAGAUUCGAAGACACAAAUCACUGGGUGUAAAUUUAAGUUAUAUGUGCACUUAGUUGAUGGAAAGUGGCGCAUUCGGGUGUAUCCUGGUGAGUUUGGAAUACAUAACCACGAGCUGUUUGACGAAGAUCAUCCCACGAAGGGCCUUAGUGAUGGAGUGAAACAACUUAUACAGGGUAUGUCCAAAGAUGGGUGCAGACCUGUCAGAUCAUGGCUGCGAUUGCGAGGAUAUUUCCUGAUGAAAAAGUUAACAGACGGCGAGUCUACAAUUUCAGGAAGAAAUUGCGUAGUGAGGGGUUCCCAAUCUUGGGUGACUCGAGUGCCAUGGAUGUCGCGACGAAGACACUAUCGGUGGCCAAGCAUCAUCGUUACAUCAUCAUGACAGAUUGCAAUCAGGAGGUAGGUGUGCUGACUCGUGUUUUUUUUGCACAUCCUGAUGCUGUCAAUUUAUUUUGUACUUAUUUCUGGGUCGUCGGGAUAGACUCAACAUACAAGAUGAACAAGUACAAAAUGCCGUUGGUUGAGUUUAUUGAGAUGAUACCGUGCAACCAGAACUUCUUGAUUGCAUACGCCCUCUUGAGUGACGAGAUUGGUGACAGUUAUUAUUGGGCUUUGAGACAGUUUAGGGAUUUGCUUCCUGGUCAUCUGUCUCCGGCUGUUAUUGUUACUGAUCGGGAACCAGGGUUGAUGGUGCUGCUGGGUAUGGUAUUUCCAGAUUCAUGCCACUUGUUGUGUAUUUGGCAUGUUUAUGAGAAUGUAAAGCGACAUCUCAACAACGUUGUGGAAGCUAAUAAUCAGGAUGAGUACAAUAAAGCUGUUGCCGUAAUAAACCGUCGUUGGCAGAAUUUUGCGAGAGUUCUUAAUUAUAUCCAGAAGACAUGUCUAGUGGUUGACUAUAAAUUCGUCAAGGCAUGGACGAAUGUUGUGUUUCGUAUGGGCAACACUACUACAGGUAGGGUGGAGAGCGCGCACAAGCAGCUAAAAACUUGGCUGGAAACAUCCAUUGCGUCGCUGAAUACACUUUGGGCUAAGGUGCACUUAGAAAUUCAGAGUCAGCUAACUGAAAUACGAUAAGUUCUAUUCCAUUAUAUUAUAUUUAUUAUAAUAUAUUUAGUAUUUUUUUAGUUUUUUGGCAUUUUCCGUAGAAUGUUUUACAGUAAGUGGCUACAUUCAGGUACAAACUGGAGUACUCGAGGCAGAAAAUUGGCACCCAUUAUUGCGGUUUUUCACUAAACCGCUUGAAGUGUCAAGUUUCACAUACAUAUUUGCAAAAACUGAACAGUGAGUGGUCGAAGGCGCAAGAGUGGAAAGAAGAAACGAAUGACAGAUGUGAUCAUGUGGUGUACUGGACUUAUCGAAUUUCAUGUGCGUGCGCCCUCAAAAAGGCUGCAGAUGCCGGCACAUCGAUAACUCUUAAGCAUAUUCACCCAUUCUGGACGACUCUUAAUAUCGGUGAACAGGCUGGUACAAGUGGUCCUAGCGAUGUGGAUGACGAUGUCCUUUAUACCAGACAGUUGAUGAAAGAGCUGAACGAGUGUCCUAAGGCAGUACAACGCACGGUAAAUAGGGUUCUCCACAAUAUUAUGCAUCCAGACCAGUGUAGGUUUAAACAACCCGAGGAGGUCAAGAGAAGGAAGGCGCGGCCUAAGGGGGCUAAAUCAAAGAAAAAACCAACACCUAAUGUGUGGGAUUACAGGAACGAGGCUCAAGGAAAGUCGACCGCAGUUACCAG